UUGUCUGGAAGAGCAUGAAGGUAAAAGAAAUUAUCUGAGAUGCUCACAGAAGACGAGCAACGACACCAAGAUCAGGCGCCUGGUGACCACGACGGGAUGAGGGAUGAUGAUUGUCUGGAAGAGCAUGAAGGUAAAAAGAAAUUAUCUGAGAUGCUCACAGAAGACGAGCAACGACACCAAGAUCAGGCGCCUGGUGACCACGACGGGAUGAACGAUGAUGAUUGUCUGGAAGAGCAUGAAGGUAAAAAGAAAUUAUCUGAGAUGCUCACAGAAGACGAGCAACGGCACCAAGAUCAGGCGCCUGGUGACCACGACGGGAUGAACGAUGAUGAUUGUCUGGAAGAGCAUGAAGGUAAAAAGAAAUUAUCUGAGAUGCUCACAGAAGACGAGCAACGACACCAAGAUCAGGCGCCUGGUGACCACGACGGGAUGAGGGAUGAUGAUUGUCUGGAAGAGCAUGAAGGUAAAAAGAAAUUAUCUGAGAUGCUCACAGAAGACGAGCAACGACACCAAGAUCAGGCGCCUGGUGACCACGACGGGAUGAGGGAUGAUGAUUGUCUGGAAGAGUAUGAAGGUAAAAAGAAAUUAUCUGAGAUGCUCACAGAAGACGAGCAACGACACCAAGAUCAGGCGCCUGGUGACCACGACGGGAUGAGGGAUGAUGAUUGUCUGGAAGAGCAUGAAGGUAAAAAGAAAUUAUCUGAGAUGCUCACAGAAGACGAGCAACGACACCAAGAUCAGGCGCCUGGUGACCACGACGGGAUGAGGGAUGAUGAUUGUCUGGAAGAGCAUGAAGGUAAAAAGAAAUUAUCUGAGAUGCUCACAGAAGACGAGCAACGACACCAAGAUCAGGCGCCUGGUGACCACGACGGGAUGAGGGAUGAUGAUUGUCUGGAAGAGCAUGAAGGUAAAACGAAAUUAUCUGAGAUGCUCACAGAAGACCAGCAACGACACCAAGAUCAGGCGCCUGGUGACCACGACGGGAUGAGGGAUGAUGAUUGUCUGGAAGAGCAUGAAGGUAAAAAGAAAUUAUCUGAGAUGCUCACAGAAGACGAGCAACGACACCAAGAUCAGGCGCCUGGUGACCACGACGGGAUGAACGAUGAUGAUUGUCUGGAAGAGCAUGAAGGUAAAAAGAAAUUAUCUGAGAUGCUCACAGAAGACGAGCAACGACACCAUGAUCAGGCGCCUGGUGACCACGACGGGAUGAGGGAUGAUGAUUGUCUGGAAGAGCAUGAAGGUAAAAAGAAAUUAUCUGAGAUGCUCACAGAAGACGAGCAACGACACCAAGAUCAGGCGCCUGGUGACCACGACGGGAUGAGGGAUGAUGAUUGUCUGGAAGAGCAUGAAGCACAAAGAGGGAGAGAGAGGAACAGAGAGGGAGAGAGAGAGGAGAAUGAGGACAGAACAGAGAUGGAACAAGAGCAAGAGCAGACUAUUUUUGGCAGUGUCCACUUUGAUGCUGCUCACCCAGAGAAUCACCUCUGUGUCUUUGGACCUUCAAGAAAAACGAGGCGUACUGACACCAUCCAAAAGGCAGGCUUGUGUCACGCUUCUCCCUCUUAUCAGCUACAUCCUCAAUUUUACCACACUGCUUGGUGGUCCUUUGGGUUCCUAUGGACAAUUCAUUACUCUAAUGAAAGAGGGGAUGGAGGGGAUCAACCUCACCUCGCCACCCAGUCCACUAGGUGUAGUUUUCCUAAAGCUGAUGCAAGUGUUAAUGCUAGAGUGGGUUAGAUUUUAUCUUGUCCA